UUAUUUUGAAACAUAGAUACCGAGUAACUUCCCAAAUAAUUUGUUGUACAUCACUUCUUUUGCCCUUAUAUGAUCUCCUUUCCCCAAUCGCAAACAAAUAUGUCAAAUGGGCUUUACAAAAUUGAAAGAAGAGCUUCAUGAAGUUAAAAGCAAGCAAAGAGAUUUCAUUUCAUCACUUUCUCAUCAGAAGCAUUUAAAAGAUUUCAAUAAUAUUCUAAAAUUUAUAAAAAUUAAAUCCAUAAUCUUCCUUAUGAAUCAUCUUUCAGAACAAUAUUCUUGCAGUAAUGCUCUUCAGUACUCUAAUUGCUUUCUCAAAUCUUGUUUCUUCUGCCAUAAGCCUCUUAGCCUUCACAAGGAAGUUUACAUGUACAGGGGUGAGCUAGGGUUCUGCACUGUGGAUUGCCGGAAUAGGCAGAUAUACCUUGAUGAAUUGAAAAAAAUUGAGACUUUUACUAAAAAAAUGUUGAUAUCUUUAAUCCGACAACGUCGACCGGCUGGCCGGUGUACUCAAAGUACAGUUCCGCCGGAGGAUUACCAGCAGAAUGAAGUUACAUUCACCUUAUCAUAGUCCAUAGAAAUUUGUGAUGGAGAAAUUUUAUAGCUAAAUAGAAAAAUGUGUCAAUUUUAUGACGGACUAGAAAUUUUAUAGCUAAAUAGAAAAAUGUGUCAAUUUUAUGACGGACUAGUGACUAAAUUUUGCUAGCUAUGAACAAUUUUGGGAUCAAUAAAUUAGCGAUGAAGUUUCUUGUUAGAGAUGAA